AUGCCUGUCGAGGUCACCUUCGACACGCCGUUGGCGGCCGCCAUCAACACGGCGAUCCAACCGAAGUUGCAGGAAGUAGGAUGGGCGAGCGAGUCGGAUGCCUCGUCGUUAGCUGAGCUGAUCGUGCUGAUGCUCGCCAACGGCAAGUCGGAGGAGGAAAUCGCCACCGAGAUGGCCGUUGACCUGCUGCAUCUAGAGCCUGGCGACGCCACGGCGCGUGAAUUCUCCAGGUGGCUCUUUCAACAAAUCGACGAGCUGAACGCGCUGAUGAACGCGCCCGCGCCUUCAGAGGGGGGCGACGUUGACAUGGAUACUGAAUCACUGAAUGCUCCCACUGGUCCCCGCGCGAUGCGAAAUGGUCAACGCGGCGGCAGAGGCGGUCGCAUGCUCGGCAACCUUAACCGAGCGAUGGACCGUACCGACGUCCUCCACCGCGUCCGUCAAAACGGCAACGAAAGGAUCAACACCCACAACCGCCAGGGGCAACGCGGUCGUGGCGGUCGCAUGAACCCGCGGAACAUGCACGCCGGUCUUGCCGCUGGUGGUCCUCAGCAGUGGAUGAUGGGCGCCGCUGGCGGCCCGCAGUCCCAGGCCGAGAUUCUCAGCAUCCUCGAGCACCAGAACCAGAUGAUGUUCCAACUAUCACAAAUGAUGAACAACGCGCCCAACGGCGGCGGCUUCGGCCGCGGGCGGGGUGGCAAGUCGCUGUUUGAUCGCGUCCAGGACCCAAACCGUCGACAACGCAAGCCGCACAACGGUCACCAGGACAACGGCGAGAACAAUGCCGAGGGCGGCGAAGACACGGACAUGUCGAGCCGCGAACCGCUGAAUCCCGACGAGACGAUUUGCAAAUACAACCUGCGCUGUACCAACAAGGAGUGCAAGUUUGCCCACCAGUCACCGGCGGCGCCGCCCGGCGCGUCCGUCGACGUGCACGACCCGUGCUCCUUUGGCGCAGCGUGCAAGAACCGCAAGUGCGUCGGCCGCCACCCUUCUCCCGCAACCAAGCUGGCGCACCAGAGCGAGCAGGACUGCAAGUUCUUUCCCAACUGCCAGAACACGCACUGCCCCUUCCGGCACCCGUCGAUGCCGCUGUGCCGCAACGGUGCGGGCUGCACCACCGAGGGCUGCAAGUUCACGCACGUCAAGACCAAGUGCAAGUUCAACCCGUGCCUCAAUCCGCACUGCGCCUUCUCGCAUGAGGAGGGCCAGCAGGGCGGCUUCAAGGACAAGGUGUGGACGGCCGGGGGUGGUGACGAGCACGUGAGCGACCGCAAGUUCGUUGAGGACGGCGGCUCGGAGGAACUGGUCAAGCCAGAUGAUGAGAUGAAGAAUGAUACCAACCAUGCCGUCCCGGCCAAGGCCGAGGCGGAUGAAGAUGUAAUUGGGUAG